GACCAGAUCCGCCGGACUAAAAUUCUGAAGUUGAUAUCCGAAGGCGCGUUUCGUUUUUUCGUCGGAGAAAGGGAGAAGCAUCCAUGAAAGGUGUUGCAAGAUUGAUUGGUCGAGCCCUACCUCAUCGCCAAACAUGCCGGUCUACCUCCCCUUCCCAGUUAAUAUCUCGCCGCCUCAUCUUCUCUUCCUCCAGAGCGCCAUCGUUUCUGGGGGUCGGAAACUCGAGCGCCGUCCUUUCCUCUAAUUUUGAGUCAUCCGCAUCUUUACUUCCUCUCGAGUGGACCCAUUUUAGAGUGCAAAGGAGAAGCAUGUUUAUCCAAACUCAAUCUACACCCAAUCCUUCGUCUUUGAUGUUUUAUCCAGGGAAAGCGGUGAUGGAAGUUGGGAGUGCUGAUUUCCCAAACACUCGUUCCGCCAUGAAUUCGCCAUUGGCUAAGUCAUUGUAUGAAAUUGACGGUAUCACUCGUGUUUUCUUUGGAUCCGAUUUUAUUACUGUAACAAAGUCUGAUGAUGCUUCUUGGGAUCUCCUCAAGACAGAAAUUUUUGCUGCAAUUAUGGAGUUUUAUUCCUCUGGAGAGCCCUUGUUUCUAGACUCAACAACUGCAAUAUCCACAGACACUGCUAUUCAUGAGGAUGACUCUGAAACAGUUGCAAUGAUCAAAGAAUUGCUGGAGACUCGAAUUCGACCAGCAGUGCAAGAUGAUGGUGGGGAUAUUGAAUAUCGGGGAUUUGAUCCAGACACAGGAAUAGUUAAAUUAAAAAUGCAAGGAGCAUGCAGUGGCUGCCCCAGCUCAUCUGUUACUUUAAAGUCGGGCAUUGAAAAUAUGCUAAUGCAUUAUGUUCCAGAGGUGAAGGGUGUAGAGCAAGAAUUAGAUAAUGAAGAUGAAGAUGAGGAUGCUACAUUAGCGGCUAAGUUGGAGUAGUUUGAAAGCUUACUUAAUCAUCUCUUAUCAUACUGUCUGCAGUGUUGUCGGAUAAAAUAAAUGAGCUCGGAGACUAGCGUCUAGCGGCACUCCCUUUUUGUAUAGGAUUUA